AUGCGAGAAAUUCAACAUCACAAAGAUUUGGUUCUUGGCAUGAGUUUACCAAACCUGCAACAAUACUGCAUGAACCCAGUCGAGAAUGAAGUGUUGCAGAGGCAAGUUGAAGAGUUGGUUCCUAUACCGUGUUUUGAUGAUAAGAUUGAUAUGGUGGUUGCCUCAAAAUUCUUUUCGAAUAUUAACUUGAUUUAUUAUCAUCAAAUCCGUGAUGAUUAUGGAGACAAGUGUGCUUUCAAGACGAAAGAGGGACAUGCCUAUGCAUUCGACCUUCCUGAGGGCAUGCCGCAAAUGAUGAUGAGGAAUACUUGUGACAGCCGGCGAUGGUUUACGAGUCGUACUGAUUCAGUUAGUGAUGCAGCCAAUGUUGAGAGUAAUGCCUUUUCUACUAAUGCAGCUGGUAAUGCCUUUUCUACUAAUGUAUCUGGUAAUGCAAUCCACGGUGAAGGCCCAGGAAUCCUUAAUCGUAUGGUGCGUGCCAUUUACAUCAAGGAAGGAAAUGUUCCAAACAUUGACAAUUUUAUUGCAAGUUCUGUAUCUUAUAUCAACGAAGGAAAUUUUAAAAGCAUCCACAAUUGCAUCCCCAAUUUAGUCGUUUUUUGUGGACCCCAACAACUUUUUUUCGAACAGAAGCACAACAUUAUAUUAGAAAAUUAUGGGUUGUUCAAAAAGGGCAACACUGAUUGGCAUGUGGCUGGGGUUUCCAAGACGAGAUAUAUCUCAAUAAAUGACUUCAUGUUGUUAAUUCUCUGGAUUCCUAAAAAGUACAAAAAAAGGAUUUAUAAUUACCUGUUUAAUCAGCAAAUUUAUGUUUUGGAGAGUUCUCCAAUGACACAAGUAAAAUACUCAGUACUCUGUUCUUGGAGAGCACCAUGCAAUGGACAAUACAAGUUAAAUGUUUCUGUGUUUUUUAAGAAAAAUCUUGGUGGGACCAAGGAAGCUUUUUGUGGAGAAGUAUUAAGAGAUUGUAGGGGAAGGAUUUUGGAAAUUUUCUAUAAGCCAUUUCCUGAUGCAACAUCUAGAGAUGAAGUAUUCUUACUUGGAGUGCUUCAUGGGAUAGAUGAAAUUCUUAAAAGGAGAUCGGAAGCAAAGUAUAUAUUAUUGGAGAUUAACCAUAAAAAAAUUGUCAAGGUGCUAAAUCGUGAGAAGGAUAGACCAAUUGAAUGUCUUGGACUUUAUCACAAAAUUUUUGGUUUGUUAGAAUUUGAUAAAUAUGACAUAUUGUUUCAAUAUUCUCAAGGAAACACGGUAGCUAAUAGAGUUGCGUAUAUAGCUUCGCAUCUGACCGUGGGACAGAGUUUUCCCAUAGGCGAUAGAGGUUUUGAAACAGAAGUCAGGUAUGAUCGAUUGAAAAUUCCACGAUAUGAGAUCGUCCCGAAAGAAAGGAUUGAAGUUGAAGAAUCGUCUGAUGAGGAAUCAUCCGAUGAGGAAUCGUCUGAUGAGGAAUUUGAAGUCAGGUUUUAGGGGCACCAUGGUAUUUGCUGUCGGUGGACUGGUAUGUAUCGUGCUGGAAAUCAUAUUGCAAAAAUAAUUUUAGCCCUACAAAAUGCCUUCUUAAUUAUUUGGAAAAUUGGAAUGUGACGCUCUUGACCAUGAUGAGGAUUGCAAGAAUUGGGCCAGUAGUACAAACGUUUUUAAGAGUUGGAUCCUGACAAUCAUGAUCACUUUCAAAUAUGUAAUAUUUUAAAAAUGCAGUGACAAAAAGUGGUCUCCUGAAAGAGUCAAAGUUUCUUGAAAAGUCGGCUGGGUUUCCAGAACUUCAGGAAUGUUUUCUCCAAUUUUUAUUACUUGUAUCCACAAACAACGAGGUUGUCUUUAUUUCAUUAUUAGCAAUUAGCAUCAGUUCUGUAUCCAUUUUGAAAGUAAUAAUUCUCGUUCCAUAAAACUUAAAUGUGGAACGUCCCAAUGUAAAUUUGCAUAACAAUUAUCAUAUUAGGUGUCAUCCAGCAUGAAUAAUAGGCUAAUUAUUUGUUUGUAUCU